AUGGCAGACGGCGCCACUCCGAUCAUCAACUACUUCAACCAACAUUCACUACGGAGGAAGACACCCAACGGAACCAUCGAUCAUGGCUACGACGGGACGCCGACCCAGCUGGCUGCUGGACCACCGCCGCAAAAGUACCUGAACCUGACCCCGUCGGGAGACGUCUUCCCCAGUCCAAGCUCCGGUCGGUCCCUGAGCGCCAUGAACAACAACAGCCCGUCGUGGUUCUCCAUCUCGCAGUCGCCUGGUGCGGGCCGUACGGAGAACGAUGCGUUUCGCCAGGCGGUCGACGCCGCCAGCGGUGGCUAUCGCACACAGGGGAGCCUGGGAUACAGUCCGGGCUAUGGCUCCAUGAUGCCAUCGCCGUCUGCCCAGAUGCACGCCAUGAGUCUGAGUCCUUCAUUACGCGGGCCCUUCGGCACGUAUCCGAACCCGAGUGCGGCCAGCCCAGCAGUGCCCUCGCCCUUGGGGUUCAACCCCUCCACGCCGCUCUAUGCCGAUGGUCCUCUUGUCGGCUUCCCUCAGCCCAUGGUCUUCUCGUCCGGCUAUCCGCCACAUAACAUCCCCUAUGAGAGUGGCUUCGUCGCCGUCCAGGCCCCCUUGCCUCAGGGGGCCCUGGUUGGACAGGGCUACGGCCAAAACUCGCCGUUCCAGAUGCCGUACAUGCUGGACGACGGCUUCGCGCGACAUUCUCUUCCCUCUACGCUGCAGUCCCCCCAUCGCCUGCAGAACAACCUAUCGCUUGCCUCCAGCCCUACUGCCGCCGCAGCCGUCGCCGCCGCCGCCGCCUCUGCUGCUGCCGGUGCUGGUGGCAAUGCAGGGGAUGGCUCACAGCAGAACUUCAAGGAGAGCGUCCUCUUGUCUGCCCACAAGGCAUAUUCCGACCUCGUGACACACGCGACUCGCCUCAAGAAGGUUCAGCACGGCAGGACCGCCUCGAGGUCGCUCAAGAGCAUCAUCUUCCCAAGACCCCCGAAGCACCUGGUCUCGAGGCCUGCUCCUCACCUGCAGAGGUCCCCCCAGAGCUUUCCCGGCGCGGUGGCAGGGUACCUUCACCCUCAUCAGCCCACCGUGACGGCAACCGUGUACGGCAACGUGAUGCUCCAGUCGAAUCCACGCGAAAAUGCCAAAGCCUCUCUGGAGAUGCUCCGCAACUUGUGUGAACAGACGAACUGGCAAUGGAUAGACGGCAUGUUGAUGGGUGGCUGUCUGUGCUACAGCCUGGAGCGUCAUGAGGACGGUCUUGAAUGGUUUAAGAGAAUUGUCGUGCUGGACGAAAAUCAUGUGGAAGCACUUUCCAACAUAGGCGCGACCUUGUACUGUCUCAACCGCCUGGAUGAGGCAGAACGGUAUUGGAACAGGGUCAUCGACACACGACCAGACUAUCUUGAGGCAGUCGAACAUCUCGUCGGGCUGCUGGGAUCCACGCAGCGGAAUCGGGAGGCCGUCGAGAUCAUAGAACGUGUCCAGCAUAAGCUGCGUAUCCAACCAUACGAUGAACUGCAUCGUCAGAAGCGACACAAGAAGGGUAUCGGUACAGACUCUGCUCAGGCUGGCGAGAUGACACCGCUGCCCAACUCAGACGAAGCGCUGGCAGCCCAGGCUGUCCGCAAGCUUCACGUGUCUACCAGAUCGCAGGAGGACUUCGGAUCCAGUGGCUACAACAUACCGGCCAGUGAAAACGGCAAGAUGUUGGGCCUCAUUCACGCCAAGGGCAACAUGCUCUACACGCUGAGACAGAUUAAUCGUGCGUCCAUGGAUUUUGAAGAGGCCGUGUUAAUCAGCGCAGGUCGGGAUCUCGGCUGCAUUCAGAACCUGAUCAGGAGGAUCCAGCUGGUUUUAGCCCCUAGGCCGAACGGAUCGCAACCUAUACAACGACAGCAGCAACAGCAGCAGCAGCAACAGACACCACUCUCCGCUCCGCUGUUGCUGGCGCCGGAGGCGGCGAAGCGGACUGCCGAGCUCGUCUUCUCCAUGACCGGUGGGCAGCUGCCAGGGCUUCGAUACGUGGCCGACGGCGCCCAGAAGAAAACAGCCAUGUCCACGACGAGUAAUGCUCUCCUGUCACUCGCCAAGAUCUUCCAGGACGCCAUGUCAUCUGGUGCCUCGAAUGUCGGUCCAACGGCGCAGCCCAGCAGCGUCAGCGACAUUCUGGCGCUGUACUACUUGUCCCUGUCUCUGCAGGAGAGUCCGUCCACCGCCAACAACGUCGGCAUCCUCCUCGCAAGCGUUCAGCAGGCCGCACCUGGGCCUGCUACGGUGUCUGCGUUUGCCUACUCCCAGCGGCUUCCCGGCAUUACGCAGGGGAGUGGCCUGGAGCUGGCCCUCGCAUAUUACCAGUACGGUCUAUACCUCGAUAAGCAUCACGUCCAUCUUCACACCAACCUGGGCAGCCUGCUCAAGGACAUCGGCCAGCUGGAUCUCGCCAUCCAGAUGUACGAGAGGGCGGUGGAAUGCGAUGGCACCUUCGACAUCGCCCUGACCAAUCUCGCCAACGCUGUCAAGGACCGAGGGCGUAUUGAGGAAGCAAUCAGGUUCUACAGGCGGGCUGUAGAUGCAAACCCCGAGUUUGCCGAGGCUGUAUGUGGACUCUCGACGGCAUUGAACUCUGUGUGCGACUGGAAAGGACGCGGCGGCGUGUACCUAAACGGUGGCAAGUUCGACAGGUGGCACGUUGACGCCAAGGGCAUGCUCGUGGAUGCACAGGAGAGCCGCAGCGGCUUCGGUCUCAUGAAGAAGGUGGUUGAUAUCGUAGCUCGUCAGCUCAAGGAGGCCUCGAGGUGGGGGGUCGGCACCACCACACCGGCCGCCCUGGCCCAGCUGGUCUCCCUGCUCACUGCGACCGACGUGCCCACCAUGGAACCGUCGCUGGACCUGGAGUCAGAGCUGCAGGCAUGGGCGGGCAAGCCGUGGGAAGGAUCCAAGCUGCUUCGGCUGAUCGAGCGGUUAACGCGCACCACCACGCGGAAGUGGUAUCUGGACAGGCACGUGCGCGGGGUUGAAUCGCCGCGAGGCUACCCCCGCGUCAGGCCUCCCAACAGCCUCACCAUCCCGUCCGCGCCGACGGUGCUACCGUUCCAUACCUUCACCAAUCCACUGACGGCCAAGGACGUGCGGCGAAUCUCGCAGCGCAACGCGCUCAGGAUCUCGUGUUCCACGCUCCGCUCACCCUGGCUGCCAAAGUCGGUCUAUCCGCCACCUGCUCCGCCGAAGCCUUGCCUCAAUAUUGGUUAUGUGUCCUCCGACUUCAAUAACCAUCCACUGGCUCACCUCAUGCAGUCCGUCUUCGGCUUCCACAACCAGGCCCGGGCAAAGGCCUUCUGCUAUGCCACUACGGCGAGCGACAAGUCGGUGCAUCGUCAGCAGAUCGAAAACGAGGCGCCUGUCUUCCGGGACGUCAGCAGCUGGUCCUCCGAUAAACUGGUCGAGCAGAUUGUCAAAGACGGCAUCCACAUCCUCGUCAACCUCAACGGCUACACAAGAGGUGCGCGCAACGAGAUCUUUGCAGCUCGACCGGCUCCGAUUCAGAUGUCGUUCAUGGGCUUUGCGGGCACCCUCGGGGCGGAAUGGUGCGAUUAUCUCCUCGCAGAUACCACUGCCAUCCCCCCCGAGACGCUGCGGCCGUACAGAUCCAACCUGACCUUGAGCGACGUCUUCCGCGACGACGCCGAGGGCGAGGCCGAGGACUGGGUGUAUUCUGAGAACAUCAUCUUCUGCAGGGACACCUUCUUCUGUUGCGAUCACAGGCAGUCUGCCGACAUGAUAGAGCGGGGUGUGACCUGGGAAGAGGAGCAGAGUCGUCGGUGGGUGAUGCGGAAGUCCAUCUUUCCCGAUAUCCCGGAUGAUGCCAUCAUCCUCGGCAAUUUCAAUCAACUAUACAAGAUUGACCCUACAACCUUCCGCACAUGGCUACGAAUCCUCGACAAGACACCCAAGGCGAUUCUAUGGCUCCUCAAGUUUCCAGAGUUGGGCGAGCGCGCUCUCAGAGAGACAGCUGAAGAGUGGGCACCGCAUGUUGCCAAGCGCAUCUAUUUCACCGACGUGGCACCCAAGCAGCACCACAUCUCUCGUGCCCGCGUCUGCGACUUGUUCCUCGACACGCCCGAGUGCAACGCACACACCACAGCGGCUGAUGUCUUGUGGUCCAGCACACCGCUUCUCACCCUCACCAGGUACAAAUACAAGAUGUGCUCCAGGAUGGCCGCCUCCAUCCUGAAGGGCGCACUGCCCAGGAAUGCUGCUGGCAAUCAGGCCGCCACGGAUCUCAUUGCAGAGGAUGAUCAAACCUACGAGGAAAAGGCUAUCAAGCUCGCCAACGGGAUCUCGUACCGUAUGUCCCCACAGGGCUACGGCCAGGCUGAAGGUCGGCUGUGGGACCUGAGGAAGCUUCUGUUCGAGGCGAAGUGGAGCUGCGCGCUCUUCAACACCCGGCGUUGGGUUAGAGAUCUUGAGGACGCAUAUGAGGAGGCGUGGAGAAGAUGGGUGAACGGUAUUGAGGGGGAUAUAUAUUUGUGA